UUCUCUUUUACUCUCUUUUUCAUUCUCUCACUCUCUCCAUAUCAGAAGCGCGCAGAGCGGUGGCCGUGUGGGGACGCAAGAAGCCAAUGGAAUGAGGACUCGAUAAUAGAUGCAAAUGAUCGUGAAAGGACACAGCAAAAUAUGAAACAACUCAUUUGCAGCGGAGUAAAUCACAGAAAACUGUUUGAGAACUGGCUUCCUACACCGGGAUUGUGAUGCUGGAUCUCCUGAGCGGCGCGUUAUCAGUGGAAGCUGAACAGCUGUGGCUUUAAAGAGGCAGUUCAAAACAAGGUAUACAAACACAGGCCAUUCAUUGAUUGGAAAUCAGUGCCUAUUCUGGUAUUUCUUUGUUUUUUUUUUUGCUUCAGAAUCUGUCCCUGACUGACAAACUGACACAGUUGAACAAAAAACAACCUCCUGCACAACAACAAUAACAACAAAACAUCGACGGCAGAAAAAAGAUGAGCUCCUAUUUUGUCAAUUCACUCUUCUCCAAAUACAAAAGUGGAGAGUCGUUACGUCCCAAUUAUUACGAGUGCGGUUUUGCGCAGGACCUGGGGACUAGACCCACCGUCGUGUACGGUCCAGGCACCGGGGCAACUUUCCAGCAUGCGCCACAGAUCCAGGAGUUUUACCACCACGGCGCGUCCACGCUCUCCGCUGCUCCUUACCAGCAAAGUCCGUGCGCUGUCACUUGUCACGGCGAGCCGGGAAACUUCUAUGGCUACGAUGCUCUGCAAAGGCAAACUCUCUUCGGCGCCCAGGACGCCGACUUGGUCCAAUACAGCGACUGUAAAUUAGCCGCGGGAGGCAUCGGCGACGAGACGGACAACACGGAGCAGAGUCCGUCCCCCACGCAGCUGUUCCCUUGGAUGCGACCGCAAGUAGCUGCCGGACGCAGACGAGGCCGCCAGACCUACAGCCGCUACCAGACACUUGAGCUGGAGAAAGAGUUCCUCUUCAACCCCUACCUUACUCGCAAGCGGCGCAUCGAGGUGUCGCAUGCCUUAGGACUGACCGAGCGGCAGGUUAAAAUCUGGUUCCAAAACCGCCGCAUGAAAUGGAAAAAGGAGAACAACAAGGACAAGUUCCCCAGCAGUAAGUCAGAACAGGAGGCGAUUGAGAAGGAGAAGCGGGAGAAGGAGCAGGCGGCUGGAGCUCAGUCUGCAAGCGAAGACUGCGAGAAGUCUAAACAAAUAUAGAGUGGACGUGGAGGGGGGCAGACAGCAAUCAGAAGCGCGAAAUUAAAAAAGUAUAUUUAAAAAAGAGAGACAUUGAAAAGGCGGAGAGGGGUUUUGUUGAAUAGACACAGUCUACGACGGGUCAUUACAUGUUUCAAUCGAUGGAGGGAAAGAUGGUGGCGUAAAAGGACCCUAAAUCUAAUGUGUGACCACCGAACUUUAUGAUGACGAACGACAUGAAGCAUUUCUACGUUUUGUUUUUGUUUUUCUCUAAUGUUCAGAGAGUAGGCCUAUUGUAAACUAGCCUCCUUUCUUCGUGGAAUAAUUAUUGUGAAAACUCAGUUUCUAUUGUUAGGAUUUUGACAUUAACAAUUACCUUGGCAGCUGUAUAGUUCUUAAGUUAAAUGGUGCACUUUUAACUGUUCUCACUUAUAUGUUAUGAUGAUGACGUAGCGAUUAAUGACUUCCAACAACAUGAAACUGCCUAUUUAUGCCGUAGAAUAUCUUUUUACACCCCUUUAGUUUUCUCUCAGAUUGAUGGUAUUUUGUUGUCUUCCUUUCUUGGGUUAAGCAUGCGCACAGUGGAUAAAAAUAAAUAAAAAAGGAAAUAAAAAAAGAUGUCAUGUGACCCAUUGUUUACUGUGAAACAGAUUUUUGUACUGUACUCGUGAAUUGGUUCUUGGGAAUUUGACGAUAUGCUUUUAUUGUUCUUCAUCACUUUGUUCUCUUGUCUAAACCUGAAGAAGACGAAAAAAGUGGGCACAAUAAAGUUUACAAGCGAGAAUCCAUGA